AUGGAGACCAAUCUUGCCAAGGAGGAGGAGAGGCACCAGGUGGAGAAUCAGCUCUCUACCAGCAAAGUCUCAGAGUUCUGUUCCUUUCGCUAUGGACUCGCUGUGCUUCUGCACUUCGUUAAUGUGGGGAUCCUGGCACAGGGAGUAUGUGUAAGCCUCACCCUGGUAACCAUGGUGAACAGAACAGAUACAAGUGGUGUGCCCAACGCAUCUGCUGUGAAAAAUCUGGAUGCCAUAAAGAACCCUGUGUAUAACUGGAGUCCUGAUAUCCAGGGGAUCAUCCUUAGUUCCUCCUUAUAUGGUGCACUCAUAGCCCAUGUUCCUGCUGGCUACAUGUCUGGAAGAUUCUCUGUGAAGAUGUUGAUUGGCUCUGCUGUGUUCCUCAGCUCUGUGUUCUCCCUGGUCACCCCAGGAGCAGCUCGCCUUGGACCAGCUUUGUUUAUCGUGUGCCGAGUGCUCCAGGGAAUAGUCCAGGCUGUAGUAUUAACAGCCCAGCAUGCAAUAUGGGUGAAAUGGGCCCCUCUGUUGGAACGAGGCAGACUUACUUCUGUGAGCCAAUCAGGGAUUGUACUGGGGCCAUUCAUGGUCAUGCUUGUGAGCGGAUUCAUCUGUGAUCUUCUGGGCUGGCCCAUGGUGUUUUAUAUUUUGGGUGUGUUUGGCUGUGUUCUGUCUCUUCUCUGGUUCAUCCUGUUCUAUGAGGACCCCAAGGACCACCCGUGGAUAAGCAUCAGGGAGAAGGAAUACAUCAACUCUUCUCUCGCCCAGCAGGUCAGCGCAUGUGGACAACAUCUGCCAAUCAAGGCUAUGCUGAAGUCUCUUCCAGUCUGGGCCAUCGCCUUCUCUAACUUUGCUUACGUGUGGUCAACCUCCCUCUUUUCAGCAUACAUGCCAACAUAUCUCAGCACCAUGCUUCAUGUCAAUGUGAGAGAGAAUGGGCUGCUCUCUGGUCUCCCCUAUUUGUUUGCUUACAUCUGUGGUAUCGUAGCCGGUGAGAUGGCAGACUUCUUCCAGUCCAGGAAGAUUUGCAGCCUAAUUAUCAUCCGGAAACUCUUCAUCACAUUAGGACUCCUCCUUCCUGUGAUCUUCAGCCUGAGCCUGCUGGCCCCGGGCCUCGGCUUCCAUGGCACCGUCACCCUCCUGGUUCUUGUCUCUGUAUCGCUCCGAUUCUGUACAGUUGGAGGACUUCUCAAUGCCCUGGACAUUGCCCCCAGGUAUUAUGGAUUUCUCAGUGGAGUUACAACAUUAAUUGGAGUGAUAGGAGGCAUGUGUUCCUCAACUAUCGCUGGGCAGAGCCUUAGUCAGGGUCCAGAACUUGCCUGGAAGAGGAUGUUCUUCCUGAUGGCGGGCAUUCAUGUGACAAGCCUCAUUUUCUACCUUGUAUUUGCUAAAGCAGAAAUUCAAGACUGGGCUCAGGAAGCACAGUGCACUAAGCUCUGA